CUUCCCUCUUCCUCUGCUCUGUGGUAUAAAUACUGAGAGCAAACAGCAACAGCAUGGGCUUAACCACUUACUUUCAUCUGUAACAGCAAUGUUGUGCUGCUUGUUUUCUAAUCUCUAAUCUCACGGAAUAUUACAGACUAACAAAUGGCGACUGUUUUCUGGAUGUUUCUGAUACUGUAUCCAUUUGUAGUUUGUUCUCAAAGUGGGGAUGAUGGAGAGUCAAUUGACAGUGAAUGCUGGUCGUUGAUGCAGUCUGAUCAGAGCAAGCUAGUCUGCGUUCUGAAGGAAGAUGACCUCGACAUAUGUGAGAAAUUCGCAAGACUUUGUCCAGAAAUGGAACCUAGUUGUACCAAUGCAACUAUGGAAAAUAAUACAUUCAUUUUUGAGGGUCUGGGUCCUGUAGGUAUUUAUAAACUGCACAUUUACUUAAAAGGAGGACGACUCCAAACACAAAAGAUUGAUUUGCCGAAAAUAGUAAAUAUUACAACUCCUGAGAUUGAAAAUGCUACAUAUAAGCUUGAUGAGGCGAUUAUACAGAUAGGAUAUGAACAUUUCUAUGUGACUCAACCUCAUUUCCAAGUGGAAUUCUGGGGAAAUAAUUCCAGCAUUAAAGAGCAAGUUAUAGUGGCAUACCAACAAAUGAGCAUAGGGGGAGACAAACUGAGAGACAGUGGGAUAUACAGCGUACGUGUCAGAGCCAAACCUGUGGACUAUUUCGACGGGCCCUGGACCAAGUGGAGCAGGGUGAAGAGCUUCAAAGUGGACCAUGUUAAGAUUUGGGUUCCUUCUGUUUUGUACAAGCUCCUCCCAGUUCCCAUUGUGGUGACUGUGAUUGCGUUUCUGAUUUAUCGAUGGAAGAAUGAGAUACAGACCUGCAUUUUCCCUGACGUUCCAGGACCAAAGGACACUCUCGCUCAAAUCCACAGACAAAAGCAUUUACCUGUAAGUUUCAGCCCCGAAAUCUUCAAGGAUUUCAAAAUUUAUCCAGUGGUUUACACUGAAGAGAAGAAGUUCACCCCCGAGUUUGGUGAUGACCAGAGUGACACCACAGAAUCCUGCGAUGAAGUCGUGGCCUUGAAAUCCUCUCGUCCCACUUCAACGUUUGAGAAGCAGGAUGAUGAUGAGGACCAAAGUCUGGAAUCGGAGACAUCCCAACUAAAGCUGUUAGACGAAAGUGCAUCUGCUGAGGAUGUGCACAAUAACCCUGGCUGUAAAAAUGUAACGGCUCUACAAAGACAUUCAAAUGAUGAGACAUAUGUCACCAUGUCGAGCCUCUAUAAAACCCAGUGAGAUGGAGAGAAAUUCAGGUAAACGGGUAAAUCUCUCACAGUUAGCUGCUCAUUUUUUUCAGGCUGCUCUUAUCCUCAUGGAACCAGAAACCAGAUCAAUAAAAUAAUCAGCAAAUGGCCGAUUGAUGCAAAGAUGGAUAUUAUGCAUGAUUGUCAGGUCCUCAUUGUCAUUGUCUGACUUCGAGGAACCAUGGUUAGAUUGUGAAGACAAAUAUAUAACUGGUUUAAAUAUCGCUCGCUGCUAAUUUACUCUGAAAGUCUCUAAACCAUGAGCUUGAACUCCAAAUGCUUAACAGUGUUGUAGUGUAAUUUCCUUUUCUGUACAUGCCAGAGCAAGCCUUUAUACCUACAACAUGAGUCAUCAUAUUAUAGCACCACUGAGCUACAGUAUAUGUGGAGGAGAAAAGUUGGUGCAGAUUCUUAUAAGAGAAACUCAUCAUCUGUAAAACCACCGGUGUUGGAAGUUUAGCAGAUUACUGUUAAUCCUAGCAACCAAUAAAGAUAGUGAAACAUUAGUGUUUCUAUAGAAGCCAUUCCCUAUUUCGAAUCAAGCAGCUCACAGUUUGUUGAAUUAGUUAGCUCUGAAAACAUUUACAUUUUCUUGAUGUAAAAAAAUGUAUUAAUCCUUUAUGUUGCUACGUCUUGUCUGACGUUUGACAGCAAAUGACUCAAAUGCAUUAUUCUCUGCUGACAUAACCUAAAUGUUGACAUGCAGCUUUUUUAAUUAGCUGACAUAGUAACAUGCAUAAUGUAGCUUCGGUAAUGUAGUUUCAGUUUAGUUAUGGCUCUUUUGUCAUUUAGUUUGCAAUACUGCUAGCAAGGUUAAGCUAGCAUUUCCUAUUAAGUAUUAUUCUGAUUAAUUUAUAAGUACCUGUAGUGAUAGUCUUUUUAAGUAAAUCCUAAAAAAAAAUGUCGAAACAAGAAAUGUUUCUUUUUUCUUUUGGGGGGAAACCCAGAUGCCAUUUUGAAGGCCAAUCCAUUACUCUGUUUGCUCAGUUGGCUCUAAAUGUAGGAAGUAAAACCGCAUAGAAUGUAUUGUGCAAUCUUGUUUUUUUUGUUUCAACCUCUGCCACAUGUUAUCUUCAAGUGGUGUUUUAUCCUCCAGAUUAUGUAUGUAGUGUAUGUAUUUCUCUUCAACUUUGUGACUCUGUAUUGUAUGUAUGUAACUACUGUACGAAACUACACUGUGCAGCAUCACCUCAGCUACUGUUGAAUUGGCUUUUCCAACAGAAACAUAUGUAAAUGUUAUAAACAUUUCAUAAUUACGAUGUCAGGAUGGUACAAAGAAGCUGUUAGCAUAUUUGGAGUUCAGUCAUUUACAAACAUGGGCCCUUCUAACCACCACAGCUGCUAACCUCAGUCACUAUUACAGUAAAGACAGUGACUACACGGAAUUUCUUCAUUUUGUUUCUUCUACUUUUUGUAUGACGAGUUCAGUAAGUCAGAGGGGAAUGUUUUCUCACACAACAGCACAGAUGGCAAAGGUUUUAAUAGCAUUACCAUGUUAAGUUUAUAUAAAUACUGUAUGUGUGUGUGUGUAUAUAUAUAUAUGAAAUAUUUGUAAUACAAUUUAAAAUGUAUCCAAAACUUUUAUCCCCAUUUAUCAAUAUUUCAAUAUGCCAAAAUGCAAUAACAUUUUAUAGUUGAGUUAUAAGGUAAAGGUAACCCUGCUUUUCUUUUGUAAGCAUACGUAUAUGUAGAUAUCACGUCUUAUUUACAGUAUUUAAUCUUAUUUAACUUCAUUUAUGGAUUUGUUAUUAAAUGAUAACUUUCAGGUUAUUAAUUUGAACCAAACCAAAAAAAAAACUUCUACGAUUGUAUUCCAAAUAAACUGGAUAUUCAUAAAGACCAUGUUUUAUGUGAAAGCACUGCCCACAAACCAUUAACAAAUAAAUCUGAUCAUAUCCAGCUUGAUAAACUA